CCCGCCCCGCUUCCGGUGGCUGCCGGGCCCUAUAUCCGGUGUCCGCCCGCCCUCCGCUCCGCCGCCACUACCGCCGCCGCGAUGCUGUCCCGGUCCCGUUGCGUGUCCCGGGCCUUCAGCCGCUCGCUCUCCGCCUUCCAGAAGGGGAGCUGCCCUCUCGGGAGACGCUCCCUGCCCGGGGUCUCCUUAUGUCAGGGACCAGGUUACCCUGACAGGAGGACGAUCGCCAUUAACAAUAGUAGUGUCUUCAGCGUUCGCUUCUUCAGAACUACAGCUGUGUGCAAGGAUGAUGUGAUUACAGUAAAAACCCCAGCAUUUGCAGAAUCUGUCACAGAAGGGGAUGUCAGGUGGGAGAAAGCUGUUGGAGACACAGUUGCAGAAGAUGAAGUGGUUUGUGAGAUUGAAACUGACAAGACAUCCGUGCAGGUUCCAUCACCAGCAAACGGUGUUAUUGAAGCUCUUUUGGUACCUGAUGGGGGAAAAGUAGAAGGAGGCACUCCUCUUUUCACACUCAGGAAAACUGGCGCUGCUCCUGCUAAGGCCAAGCCAGCUGAAGCCCCUGCUGCCGAAGCCCCAAAGGCAGAACCGAUAGCAUCGGCAGUUCCUCCUUCCCCUGCAGCAUCCAUACCCACUCAGAUGCCACCAGUGCCCUCACCCUCACAACCCUCUGCUAGCAAACCAGUGUCUGCGGUAAAACCCACUGCUGCUCCAGUAGCUGAGCCAGGAGCUGGUAAAGGUCUGCGUACAGAACAUCGGGAGAAAAUGAACAGGAUGCGGCUACGCAUUGCUCAGCGUCUGAAGGAGGCCCAGAAUACAUGUGCAAUGCUGACGACUUUCAAUGAGAUUGACAUGAGUAACAUCCAGGAUAUGAGGGCCCGGCACAAAGAUGCUUUUCUGAAGAAACAUAACCUCAAACUGGGCUUCAUGUCGGCAUUUGUGAAGGCCUCAGCCUUUGCCUUGCAGGAACAGCCUGUUGUAAAUGCAGUGAUUGACGAUACAACCAAAGAGGUGGUAUAUAGGGAUUAUAUUGACAUCAGUGUUGCGGUGGCCACCCCACGGGGCCUGGUGGUUCCCGUCAUCAGGAACGUGGAAACAAUGAAUUAUGCAGAUAUUGAGCGAACCAUCUUUGAACUGGGAGAGAAGGCCCGGAAGAAUGAACUCGCCAUUGAAGAUAUGGAUGGUGGUACUUUCACCAUUAGCAAUGGAGGUGUUUUCGGCUCCCUCUUUGGAACACCCAUUAUCAACCCCCCUCAGUCUGCCAUCCUAGGCAUGCACGCCAUCUUUGAUAGGCCAGUGGCUGUGGGAGGCAAGGUGGAGGUGCGGCCCAUGAUGUUCGUGGCACUGACCUAUGAUCACCGGCUAAUCGACGGCAGAGAGGCUGUGACUUUCCUCCGAAAAAUCAAGGCAGCGGUAGAGGAUCCCAGAAUCCUCCUAAUGGACCUUUAGGAGGAAGUCACACACCCAACACAUUGACCACGCAGGAACUGAAAACCAGUCUUCUCUCUGCCCCACGUGGGUCCCGGGUUCGCCUGGCGACAGACAGGCACAUGCUGUUGGCCUCAAGCAAGGAAGCCAGGGCACUAUAUAACCAGCAGUCGCAGGUCUUUCUUGGUGUUCCUACCAGCGCGCGCGUUCUCUCUCUCUCUCUCUCUCUCUCUCUCUCUCUCUCUCUCUCUCUCUCUCUCUCUCUCCCUCUCCUCUCUCCUCUCCCUCUCUCUCCCUCUCUCCCCCCUCUCAGCACUCGAAUAUCUUAUUUCCUUAGGCUUGAGGGAGAGAAAGAGAGAGCCUUCACAGAUGCUCAUUAAUAUCCCUGCCUUUCUUCAUUAACCCUCUGCCGAGAUAAUUUUGCUUCUCCCCCGUGCCAGUACACGAUAGGGAAACCACUGGGGACCAUGGUAUUAAGUUUCAGUCUUUUGAAAGUGUUCUCCAGAGCUGCCUGGGAGGGUUGUGCCUCCCACACUCGGAGCAGCCUGUCUGCCCUGGCUGUGCACAUUCUCACUUGAUUCCACCUGUGUGGAGGUAUUGACCACAGGCCAAGGUGCUGCUUUGCUGCUAAAUGCACCUUCCUUCUCAGCUGUCAUUGACUUCAGGAUGCUUCUACUACCUCUUUCAGGAAGCACAGGCCGGGGGACCUGGGUAGGAGAGGUGUUGGCAGUGUGGAGGGGGAGAGGGCAGAUUCCCCCUGAGGUCAUAGCUAUAAACAAGAGAACAGAAGCCAGGCCUGCCCUCACAUUCUCUGUCAUAGCCUCACACCAGGAAAACCCAUUUUGGCACAGCUAUGGUUGUGCCAACCUUUCUAGGUUGCUAGGAACCGUUCUAGCACAUUGUUCUCAUCUGGAGCCGAUUCUAGUACAUCAAGGCAGUGGAGGAUGGACUGGAGCCUGGUAGAGAUUGGGGCGGGGGAGGCUUCCUGUGGACAGGCUCGGAUUGACUUGAGCUUUUAAAUUCCAUUGGUAUGAGCAUGUGACUGAAGAGGCAGUUCUGUUCUUUCCUGAUCACGGCCCUUGGGAAGUGGGGCCUUGGCUCUUCUGCAGAGCACAGGUCUAGGGCAGGGUGGACUGGUGGGAACCAGCCCCAAGAUGCCAGUACACGGGGGAAGUGACUGAUGUCGCCUCUGAGGUACUGCCUGAUGGGUCUGGACACAGUCAUUGGAAUUCCUUGGAACAUGGUUAAAUGUACACGUCUUGUCAUGAAAGCUACCAGGCUUCAUUGCUUUAAAUCCAACUGCAUUCAGGCCUGAGGCUGCUGACACCUGACAUGGGAGCCACUUACUUAGUGCAGAGUGCCCACUUGUAUCUCGAAGAAGUAAGGCCUGGGGGACGGGUGGGGGGAAGGGAUGGGAGCCAAUACUGAGUGCCUGCAGCAUCUGCUAUGUCUUCACUAUUCAGAACUCGUAACUGAAAUAUUUAAAGAAACCGAUUUUAAAUGCAAAUUAAAGGGCAAAAGUUCUCAAACAGA